UCCAAAUUUGCACAUUAUUCCAAAUGAGAAACAAUCAAAAUGAGAAACCUAAGAUCACAAGCCUUCACAAAGAAAGAAAAUGACACAAUUGGUCGAAUCAAACCAAAAGGUCGUUGCAAAAAACAUCCAAAACACAACCAAUCACCUGGCGUGUGUUCUCUUUGUUUAACUGAAAAGCUUAUUCAACUUUCUUCUUUUAGCAAACAAAGAAAAUUCUUAGUUCUUGCUAAUGAUCAUAGUUCUAAUUCAAGUUCCUCUUGUUCUUCUUCCUAUGUUUCUUCAUUGUCUUCAUCUUCUGUUUCUUCUCGUGCUUCUCCUUUGCAUUGUUUUUGUUUUAAUAGUGAUGGAAAGAGUACCUCAUUAUCGAUCUUCUUGGUUCGUGGCCAAAAUGAAAUUACAAAGAACAAGUCAUUUGGAAGAAGAAAAUGUGAAGAUGCUGUUGGACAUGGAAAUAAAACAUGUGGAUUUUGGUUCAAGUUGUUUCAUGUUAAAAGAAAGAGAAUUGAAGAUUAAUGUUAAACAUCAUUGACGGCUUUUUAUGUCUCCUAGUCAGAGCUGGCGGCCAUCUUGAAGAGCAUUAUGUUAAAUGUUUUUUUGUUUACUUCUCCUUGCAAGAUAAUCCACUGUCGAUCAGAGAGACACCGGGUUAAGAGAAUUAUCGUAUACCACAUAUGAUUCCAACAAUUGGAUAAAAAAUCGUCGCCUACUUUUGAACAAGAUUGCGUCAGUUGAUUCGUAGUUUUGAAUCGAUAGCAUCUGAUCAUGGAAAUUCAUGAGAAUUGGAAGUCGAUUUUCACAUAUGACACCACUGUUUUAUGUAAGAACAAAAAAUGAUGGAUAUGAAGAUGAAAGUUUUUUUUUUAAAUAUUCAAUUUUUAAUUUUUUUUUCCAAAAAUAUCCAUAUUUUCAAAAAAAUUAUAAAUACGGGCAUUUUUUGCCCUAUUUUCCUCAUGGGCGCCACCCUAGUUGGUAUUAGAUUUAAUUAUUAGAUUUAAUUCAUAUUUAAGUUUGUUAGAUAUUAGAUUUAAAUAUUAGAUUUGAUUCAUAUUUAAGUUUGUUAGAUAUUAGAUUUAAAUAUUAGAUUUGAUUCAAAUUUAAGUUUGUUAGAGGCUUAUAAAUAGGGUGUCAAUCAUUGUAACUUUUAAUCCUUUUUGUAGCCAUCAUUCUCUGAAUAAGAAUAUUUCCAUUCAU